AUGGUCGAUACUUUGCACCCACCACCAGAGGUCAUUGCGACAUGGCCCAAACCGAAUUAUGUUAACCCAGUGAGCAGAGGGGAUUCUCUGGAAUAUAUAUGCAUCAUAUUCUCCGUGAUCGGUGUUAUAAUCGUCGCGGCACGAGUCUACUCUCGACUCUUCAUUACAAAAGCACCGGGCUUGGACGACCUCCUGGUGGUUUUGGCCUUGUGUGUUGUCAUCACACUAUGCGUCUUGGUCAUCAUCAGUAAUAAAGUGUACCAAACCGGCCGACAUGUCUGGGAUAUUGAGGCCGACACCUUUGUCGGAUCACGACUGAAUAUCUGGAUCAGCCUGUGGUGCUAUAUCGUGGCUAUAAGCUUAAUCAAGAUCAGUGUCCUCUUGUUUUACCGACGACUCAGCGUCAAGUUCAGCAAGACGUUCCUCGUUGCGACCUGGGUUGGGAUUGUCUACAAUGUCUUGUACUUCUUGGCCUUUGGCCUCGCCCUCCUCCUGCUUUGCCAUCCUCUCGACGCAUACUGGAAGAGCUUCGACUCUGGAUGGACUGCGACGCACAAAUACCACUGCGCCUCUGAAGGAACAGCGUUGCCAGCUUCGUCUGCUAUGAGCGUGCUGGGAGAUCUCUACAGCACUCUCCUUCCAAUGGUACUGGUAUAUAACCUCGAUCUCCCUUCGCGGCAAAAGAUUGCCUUGUAUGUUUUGUUUGCGUUUGGAUUCAUGGCAGUCGCCGCAGGAACUGUUCGGACAGUGCUGCUGUACAACCUGCUCAAUGUGGACUAUGACUUUACGUGGGAGCUCUACGUAACCUGGAUCUGGGGUAUCAUCGAACUCUACCUGGCCCUGUUUGCGGCGAGUGCGCCUAGCCUCAAGCCCUUUUUCCGACGGUUCUUCAUGGCCUCCAUCAACAGUCUUACAAAGAACUCUCGAAAGCGGAUGGACUACUACGACCAGGGCAACAAAGGCACCUGGGCCUCGGAGACGAAGGGCCAAGUGAGUGUCGACAAUGACGUUGAUGUGGAGCGAAUCGGCGUCGCGUACGGAGGCGAAGAAACGCAAACCCGAGAAAGAGGCUUCUUGCACGACAUUGAGCAGGAGGGAACCAAACACUUUGAGCUGAUAGCCAGUCACGACGGCAAGAAGAUGAUCCCGAUGCAGGUCUACAAACGAAGUGAAGGCGGGUCAAAUGUCCCGAUGAACCCGUUUGUAGACCGUGGCCGAAGUCUUUCCAACUCGGCGUCGCCGCACGCAAACUGGCCCAUGCAGUCAUUCGGACGAGACGACACCCUUGGAGCCUUGCCGAACACAGAGAUUCAGAGAGUCGAAGGGCAUCGGCCGCCUCACAUCGGAAUUGUCGUGUAUCCGCCGACAGAUGAAGACACACCGAUGGCACAGAUUAGGAGCGCCAAGGAUGCGAGGAUGAUGAGGGCGCAGGCCAGUAUAAGUCCGGCUCAAAGACGAACGUCGAUCAUCAACCCUCCUCAAUUCGAAGACGAGCAUGAUGAUCUAGGGACGGGUUCGUCGCUUGAAUCUCCAACUGGUUCCGAGGCCGAGUCGAUUUACGAGGAGGAGAGGCCGCCGUGGAAUAACAUCAUGACGCCUAGCAGCAGGAGUGUCAAUACAGGAGGGGGUGACAGUAGCAGUAGCAGUGACGAGACGCUGCAACUGCCCAAGAUGGGAGGACCCGGUAGACCUCCGCGUGUACCUGGUGAAAGCAUGGGUAUUGGACAUGGAUCGUGA